AUGCCGUCAAAGAUGCUCCCACUACGUUCCAGUCACGGAUUCCUGGGAGCUGUACUCAUCGCUUUCCUGGCUGGCACUGCAGCCUGUCCACUUUACUGCAUCUGUGACAACAUCCAACGCGUGGUGACAUGCAUCAAGAAACAGCUCACGGAGAUCCCUGUCACCAUUCCAGAGGCCACCAAGGAGCUUGAUAUCAAAGGGAACAACAUCAACACCAUAGCAACUGGUGCUUUUCUUCCAAUUCCCUACCUCACCCACUUAAAUUUACAGAAAUGUAAGAUUCACCAUCUUGCAGAAGGUGCCUUCCGGGGACUUGGUCAGCUGAUCUCCCUGAAUUUAGGCUUCAAUAGCAUUGAGUUCAUUUACCAGGAGACCUUUGACGGCCUGAUGUCCCUUCAACAACUCAUCAUUAACCACAACAGGAUUGAGGAGAUCAGGCCCGGUGCUUUUGGCCAGCUGGGCUUCCUAAACCUCUUAAAUCUGGAAGGGAAUUGCCUGGUUUAUUUGCCCCCUUUGGUCUUUCAGGGUCUCCAGCAAAUUAAACACCUUCGCUUGUCAAACAAUAUGCUCAACAAUAUUGCAGAUGAGGCCUUUGCUGGGCUCUGGACACUGAAGAGAUUGAGUCUGGAUGACAAUGAGCUUCAGUACUUGCCAACAGAAGCCUUGUCCAGGCUCAAAAAUGUGGCCAGAGUGGAUCUCGGCCAGAACCCUAUGACCUACCUUGGCGACGAGUCUGUCCAGAUGGCUUCAUUGAAGCACCUGACUUUGGACAAUAUGUUCCUUCAGGAGGUAUCUCACACAGCGUUUAUCCACAGCCCCGGGCUGGUGGUGAUUGACCUUCGUUACAACCAACUGCAAGUCAUGCAACCCCUGGAAGGGCUCGAGGCCUUGAGAACCAUCAACCUGACAGGAAAUCCAAUCCAGUGCAACUGUUUGAUGAGUCCUUUCAGGGAAUGGAUUUCCAACCGCACCAAGCUGAGGGCGGAGGUGUUCUGUGGAGCGCCGGGAGUAUUCCGUGAUGAGCGACUGGAUUCACUGCGGACAAUUGACCUGAAAUGUAUCAGCCGGCCUUCCGACCAUGAAGACGAAGAGGAGCUCAAUCCCCAGAGCGAGCCUGAGAAAAAUAACCAAGACAAGCUCCCGUGCCCAGAACACUGUGACUGCAACCAUGACCUAAAACAUUCCAGCUGCGAGGGCAAGGGUCUCCGCAAGAUCCCGAAGGGCUUCCCCGUAGAUGCCCUUCUUCUCGAUAUGCGCCAUAAUGACUUCCACACAGUGCCCAGAGGCUCAUUCUCAGAUUUGAAAUCCUUGGUUUCACUCCACAUGCAGAACUGUGGAAUUCAUGACCUCCAUGACGGUGCCUUCCGUGGCUUAAAGAUGCUUAUUUACCUCUACCUGUCUGGUAAUGAGAUAUCGAGUCUCCAGCCAACCAUCUUUGAGGGGUUACCAGACCUGACUUAUUUGUACUUAGACUACAACAAGUUAACAUCAGUUCCCAAGGGAGCAUUCAAGCUGCUGCCCAACCUGUUUGCCCUCCAUCUGGAAUACAAUCCCAUUCCCCAACUGACAGAUGACAACUUGGAAGGAGCUGACUUUCUGAGAUGGCUCUACCUGACGGGCAACAACCUCACCUCCAUUUCUCCCACGGCUCUGCAGCCCAUCAGGGGGCUCCAGAAGCUUUUUCUAGAUGAGAAUAAACUGACAGCAGUUCCCACCAUUGCUCUCAUGGGGGCGCCAAAUCUGGAUGAAUUGAAAUUAGCCAACAAUCCAAUUAAACAGAUAGGUGACUCCGCCUUCCUGCCGGUGGCAGGUUCUCUACAACACUUAUGGCUGAAUGAUAUGGGAUUGGAGACGAUCUUUGAUGGAGCCUUUGAUGGAUUGCAUUUAGGGCUAGAAAGCCUUUACCUGGAGAAUAAUAAGCUGAGCAACAUUCCUGAUCUGAAGAAGUUCACAAGCCUUCAUACCAUCAAUCUAUCGAACAAUCCUUGGAACUGUGAUUGCCCACUCCUCCACCUCCGCAGGUGGAUUGAAAAAACCAAUGUAAAGGUCACAGCCGUCUGCAGCCUUCCAGAAAACGUCACAGGGCUGAAUGUGAAAGAUGCCCCUUUUAAACACUGCAAAACUCGCCUUCCCAGGAAGAGGAAAGUCAGUCUGAAAAAGGGCCAAGAAAAAAGAAAACCGAAAAAGGCCAAGCAGCAACACAAAAAACAGAAGAAGAAUAAACUGCAGUACACUGUAGCUGACCCGACAAUGCAACCAGUGACAAACUGACCAGAACAGGGGGUGUUGGGGAUAGUCUGGUG